GCCUACAAAGUAAGUCAAGACGGACUUUUUGAGAGAGACACAGAGAGGCUCUCUUAUCUUUCCCUGGGGCUGAUGUAUGUAGGGGCGGUUGUAGUUCCCUCCCCUCUCCACCCGGAGACCGUUUGUUUGCAGUCUACGCUACGCCACACUCGUCACCCUUUUCUCUUCCUCUCCAUUUUCUCAGAACCCAAACAGGUUCCAAAUCCCCAGCAGAAUCAAUACCCAUAUGGGGAUUCUCUGGAACCACUCGUUGCUGGUUCUCUCAACCACCUUAUUCUUCUUGUUGAUUCGCCCUGCACGUGCUCGAUUCGUGGUAGAGAAGAAUAGCAUAAGCAUUCUCCACCCCUACGAUCUUCGCUCCAAGCACGACGGCUCCAUAGCCAACUUCGGCGUGCCCGACUAUGGAGGAUCCAUGCUCGGCUCUGUUAUUUACCCUCAAAAGGGCGCCACCGGUUGCAAUCCCUUCGACGGCGAUAAGCCCUUUAAACCAAAAUCCUCCCGCUUCACUAUUCUUCUCGUCGAUCGUGGAGAUUGCUACUUUGCCUUGAAGGUAUGGAAUGGGCAACAGGCAGGGGCUGCAGCAGUGUUGGUGGCUGAUACCAGAGAUGAGCCUCUGAUAACUAUGGAUUCUCCAGAGGAAAGCUCUGAUGCAGAUGGAUACAUUGAGAAAAUUGGGAUUCCAUCAGCCUUAAUAAGACAAUCCUUUGGUGAGACCUUGAAGAGUGCACUAAAGAAGGGUGAAGAAGUUGUGGUAAAAUUAGACUGGUCUGAGUCAAUGCCCCACCCAGAUAAGAGGGUUGAGUAUGAGUUGUGGACUAACAGCAAUGAUGAGUGUGGAAUUCGAUGUGAUGAGCAGAUGAAUUUCAUUAAAAAUUUCAAAGGCCAUGCCCAAAUUCUUGAGAAGGGUGGUUACACACAGUUCACACCGCACUAUAUAACUUGGUAUUGCCCUAAGCCUUUCAUCCUUAGCAGUCAGUGCCAAUCACAGUGCAUAAACCAUGGGAGGUACUGUGCACCUGAUCCAGAGCAGGAUUUUGGAGAGGGUUAUCAAGGGAAGGAUGUGGUAUUUGAGAACUUGAGGCAGUUAUGUGUGCAUAGAGUUGCCAAUGAGAGCAACCGCUCCUGGGUUUGGUGGGAUUAUGUGUCAGAUUUCCACAUCAGGUGUUCCAUGAAGCGAAAGAGAUAUAGCAAAGAAUGUGCUGAAGAUGUCAUGAAGUCACUUGGUAAGUACUACUCAGGAAAUUGCUUUGUCGAUGAUCAAGUUUUUCUUUGUUCCAUUGAAUCCUUACUGAUAUUUGAUUCUGAUCCACUAGAUCUACCAAUUGAGAAGAUAAAGAAAUGCAUGGGUGAACCAGAAGCAGACGCAGAAAAUGAAGUCCUAAAAAUUGAGCAAGAACGUCAGGUUGGUCAUGGAUCUCGAGGUGACGUUACCAUUUUGCCAACAUUGGUUGUAAAUGAUAUUCAGUACCGAGGAAAAUUGGACAGAACUGCUGUGCUGAAGGCCAUAUGUGCCGGAUUUGAGGAGGCUACAGAGCCUACAGUAUGUUUAAGUGGAGAUCUUGAAACUAAUGAGUGUCUUGAAAGGAACGGUGGCUGCUGGCAGGACACAAAAUCUAAUAUAACUGCUUGCAAGGACACGUAUAGGGGCAGAAUUUGUGAGUGCCCUUUGGUGAAUGGUGUGCAGUAUAGAGGAGAUGGUUAUACAAGUUGUCAAGCUGUUGGUCCUGGAAGGUGUGCAGUAAACAAUGGAGGUUGCUGGUCAGAAACUAAAAAUGGGAAAACUUUAUCUGCUUGCUCAGAGUCUGUCCUAACUGGUUGUCAAUGUCCACAUGGUUUCCGUGGUGACGGUCAUACAUGUGAAGAUAUUAAUGAAUGCAAGGAAGGUCUAGCCUGUAAAUGUAAUGGCUGCACCUGUAAGAAUACAUGGGGAGGAUAUGACUGCAAAUGUGAUGGCAACAAGCUAUACAUAGAGGGACAAGACACAUGUAUCGAAAGAAAUGCAUCAAAAUUUGGAUGGUUCCUUACCAUAUUGGUGCUAGCGGCUGUAGCUGGUGCUGGUAUCGCUGGUUAUAUAUUCUACAAAUACAGGCUCAGGUCUUACAUGGACUCGGAAAUUAUGGCUAUCAUGUCGCAGUACAUGCCACUUGACAACCAGCACGGCAAUCAAGUUGUGCACCAUGAAUCUGAACCUCUCCGGCAUGGUUCAUCUGUAUGAGAAAGGUAGGCAGAAACAGAAGCUCGGGCAAUCACGGCUAAACGAAAGCCUUUCACAAGGGGGGUGGAUUUUGCUAGUUGGGAUUUGGGAAACCUUCAGUUUCAUCUUAGAAUUCUGGCGAGGAUGGGAUUGUGAAUGACCCUUACCCAGGAAUUUCUUCUAAAGAACCGACUCUGCUCUUGUUACAUUGUAUAAGUAAGUUAAUGAGAUGUAAAUGAAGACUUGUAGUUGAGUCUUAUAAUAGCCCACAAAUAGAUAAGAAAGAAAGAGAGAGAAGAAUAAUGUUGAGGACGUGUACGACAUUGUCAAUGCAAAUGCAUGUACAAAAUCGAACGAGUUAUGUACAAUAAUAAGAUGCCACAGUGAGUGGAGGAUGGUCUUUACUUCUUCA